AUGGAGGUCCAGGUAGACCCAAACGAAGACACCGAGUGGAACGACAUCCUCCGCAAGCAUGGGAUCAUCCCCGAGAAAGCACCCGACCCGGAACCGAUCAUUCAGGAGGCGAUCAUCGAGGCGCAGCGGAGGGCGCACGAGAACCGACUAGAAGAUAAGGAUUUGGACGAGCUGGCAGCACUAGAGGAUGAGGAGGAUGAUGAGUUUCUCGAGCAAUAUCGGAAAAAACGAAUGGCAGAGAUCUCCAGCCUUCAACAAUCAAGCAUAUACAACCAAGUCUACCCGAUCCAGAAAGUGGACUAUGCGCGCGAGGUGACCGAGGCGUCGGACAAGAGCUUCGUGCUCGUGAACCUGACCUCGUCGGCGGGCGGGAACGUCGAGUCGCGCGUGUUGACCGCGCUGUGGCGCCAGCUCGCCGCCACGUUCGGGGACAUCAAGUUCUGCGAGAUCCGCGCCGACAUGUGCAUCGAGGGGUAUCCCGAGCGCAACACGCCGACCAUCCUUGUGUACCGGCAUGGCGAGAUCAGAAGGCAGAUUGUCACCCUGAGAGAGAUGAAUGGAGUCCGUACGAGUUUGCAGGACCUUGAGAAAAUGCUGGUCGAUCUGGGCGCCCUCAAGGAAAACGACAUGCGGCUGAAGAAACGCUCCGCGUCGAUGGACGAGGGCGAUACCAAGCCCGAGAAAUUCGAGGACUACGAUGAUGAUUGGGACUGA